UGAAACCAAUGAGAGUACAGGGGAUUUCCCCACCCUUCCUCCACGCCAGAGCGAGGCUGCCCUCCACCACCGGCAUUCCCAGUAUGCACCGCGGACGGAGCAGCAGAAAAUAGUCAGCUAACGAAAGGCUGAGAAAAGGGAACUAGAAAAAAGGGGGUAGCUUACCAGCUAAAUCCGCGAUUUAAACUGUAUUUACCGCAACCAGAACUGCUACCAUGGCCGACAGCGAGAAACUGGACAACCAGCGGCUGAAGAAUUUCAAGAAUAAGGGCCGUGAUUUGGAGACUAUGAGAAGACAGAGGACUGAGGUAGUGGUGGAACUCAGAAAGAACAAAAGAGACGAACACCUUCUGAAGAGGAGAAAUGUGCCCCAUGAGGACAUCUGUGAUGACUCUGAUGUCGACGGAGACUUCAGAUCGCAAAACACCUCUCUUGAAGCAAUAGUACAAAAUGCCACCAGUGAUAACCAGGGCGUCCAGCUGAGCGCUGUUCAGGCUGCAAGGAAGUUGUUGUCUAGUGACCGCAACCCUCCCAUAGAUGACCUGAUUAAGUCCGGGAUCCUUCCUAUACUGGUUCACUGCCUGGAUAGAGAUGACAACCCGUCUCUCCAGUUUGAGGCAGCCUGGGCUCUUACCAACAUAGCGUCGGGAACCUCAGAGCAGACCCAAGCCGUGGUCCAGUCAAAUGCUGUGCCACUGUUCCUGAGACUUCUUCACUCUCCUCACCAGAAUGUGUGUGAACAGGCCGUCUGGGCCCUGGGAAACAUCAUAGGUGAUGGCCCUCAGUGCAGAGACUAUGUGAUCAGCUUGGGUGUGGUGAAGCCCCUGCUCUCUUUCAUCAGUCCCUCCAUCCCCAUCACCUUCCUCCGCAAUGUCACCUGGGUCAUGGUCAAUCUGUGCCGCCACAAGGACCCUCCACCACCCAUGGAGACGAUCCAGGAGAUCCUGCCAGCUCUCUGCGUGCUGAUCCACCACACUGAUGUCAGUAUCUUGGUAGACACAGUGUGGGCUCUGUCCUACCUGACGGACGCUGGGAAUGAGCAGAUCCAAAUGGUAAUCGACUCUCGCAUCGUCCCUCAGCUGGUCCCUCUGCUCAGUCACCAGGAGGUCAAAGUUCAGACUGCAGCCCUGAGGGCUGUUGGGAACAUAGUGACUGGCACAGAUGAACAGACCCAGGUUGUGCUCAACUGUGAUGCCCUCAGCCAUUUCCCUGCCCUGCUCACUCACCCAAAGGAGAAAAUCAACAAGGAGGCAGUGUGGUUCCUGUCCAACAUCACAGCAGGCAACCAGCAGCAGGUGCAGGCCGUCAUUGACGCCAAGCUAGUCCCCAUGAUCAUUCAUCUGCUCGACAAGGGUGACUUUGGCACUCAGAAGGAAGCUGCCUGGGCCAUCAGCAACCUGACAAUAAGUGGGAGGAAAGAUCAGGUGGCACAUCUCAUUGAGAAGCAGGUGAUCCCUCCAUUCUGCAACCUGCUGACUGUGAAGGAUGCUCAAGUUGUGCAGGUUGUCCUCGAUGGCCUCAGCAAUAUUCUCAAGAUGGCCGAUGAUGAGGCUGAAACUAUUGCUAACCUCAUUGAGGAAUGUGGAGGUCUGGAAAAGGUGGAGCAACUGCAGAAUCAUGAAAAUGAAGAUAUCUAUAAAUUGGCUUACGAAAUUAUUGAUCAAUUCUUCUCAUCUGAUGAUAUUGAUGAAGACACCAGCCUGGUCCCAGAGGCCAUCCAGGGUGGAACUUACGGCUUUAACUCAGCCAACGUGCCAGCCGAGGGAUUCCAGUUCUAGACGGCAUCUGGGGUAUUCUGGAGUUUUGUUCACGAUGCAGCACUCUGUUCAACAUUAAAAAAAUUAGGAGAGAAAGAGCGAGAGAGAGCGAGAGUGUGAGAAAUUUGAUCCA